AUGACCGAAGAGUUAUCCAAGAUUUACAAUUCCAAGAAAACGUCGAAGAUUGCUAAAGGGAUCGCAUUUCCAACAUGUAUCAACCCAAACCACAUUCCAGCACAUUUUGCCCCACUGAGCGAAGAUGAUGAGGCCAAUUUGACUUUAGCCAAUGGUGAUGUCGUCAAUAUCAUGUUAGGGAUCCAAAUUGACGGAUUUCCAUCAAUUGUUGCCGAAACCAUGGUUGUUGGCGAAAGCAAGGAUCAACCAGUCACCGGUGUCAAGGCUGACUUGUUGCACGCUGCAUGGAAAGCAUCCGAAGCAGCAAUUAGAACUUUCCAACCAAAGAACAGAAAUUGGGACGUUACCAACAUUGUGGAUAAGGUUACCAAAUCGUACGAUUGUGUUGCUGUUGAAAGUAUGUUGACCCACAAUCAGGAAAGAAACGUCUUAUAUGGACCUAAAGAGAUCAUUCUUAAUCCAACCAAGGAAAACAAGAAUCAAAUGGAUACCUUCAAGUUUGAAGAAAAUGAAGUUUAUGGUUUGGAUAUCUUAGUGUCCACAUCUCCAGACGGGAAGGUUAAGAAAUCGGACUACAAGACUUCGUUAUUCAAGUUGACUGGUAGCUCUUACGCCUUAAAAAUGAAGUCUUCUCACCAAGUAUUGGGUGAAUUCAAAGAAAAGUCUUCGGGUCCUUUCCCUUACAACAUCAAAAACUUAGAAGAUAUCAGAAAGGCAAGAAUGGGAUUGAUUGAAUGUGUGAACCAUCAAGUUAUGUUAUCCUACGAUAUCAUGACAGAAAAGGAAGGUGAAUAUGUUGCUCAAUAUUUCACUACUUUUGCUAUUACUAAGAAUGGUAUAGUUAAGUUCACAUCGCCAUCUUUUGACCCUGAAUUAUACAAAACUGAAAAGGAAAUUAAGGAUGAAGAAAUUACAUCUUUAAUUUCCCAACCUUUGAAGGCUGCCGCAAAAAAGAAGAAGAGUAAGAAGACUGCUGCUGAGGGUGCCCCAUCCGCAUAA